AUGAAGCCCAAGGAGAUCAGCGUCUCCCUCGCCAACGAGGCCGACAUGGAUGCCGACGAGUUGCGUCUGGCUCAGAUGGGCCACACGCAGGAGCUCGAGCGCCACUUCAGCAUCGUCUCGCUGAUCGGUCUCGCCUCGACCACGACCAUCUCCUGGACAGGCCUCGGGCUAAGCAUCGUCACCGAGAUCAAUGCGGGCGGGCCAAGCGCGAUUAUCUACGGCUUUAUCCUGGUCACCAUCAUGCAAUCGUUUCUGGGCGCCUCCUUGGCCGAAUUUGUGUCCAGCUACCCGACCGAGGGGGGCAUGUACCACUGGAUUGCGGCCAUUGCGCCCAAGAAACUGAGUGCCUUCUUGAGCUUUAUUACCGGGUGGCUGACUGUUGCUGGAUGGAUCUUCACCACCGCAUCGACCAACCUCAUCUUCGCGCAGAUCGUCCAGGCAUUGUACUCGCUGUAUCACCCCGACGACGCAAUCAAAACAUGGCAGACCUUCAUCAUCUACCAGAUCCUCAACAUCCUCACAGCCGCCGUCGUCCUGUUCGGCAACAAGAUCAUCCCCUCGCUGAACAAGUUCUCGCUCUUCUACCUGCAGAUCGGCUGGUUCGUUGUCCUUGUUACGGUCGUCGCAUGUGCCCCGACGCACCAGAGCAGGGAGUUUGUCUUCCGGACGUGGGUCAACAACACUGGCUGGGACAACAAUGUCAUUUGUUUCAUCACUGGACUUGUCAACCCGCUGUAUAGUCUGGGAGGGCUGGAUGGGAUCACGCAUAUCACGGAGGAGAUGCCUAAUCCCUCGCGCAAUGCCCCCUUGGCCAUUGGAAUCACGCUCACCAUCGCCUUCACCACCGGCCUCAGCUACCUGAUCGCCCUCAUGUUCAGUGUCCAGGACUUUGCUGCCCUGUCAGACACAAACACCGGCCUGCCCUUGACCGAACUCUUCCGCCAGGUGACGCAGUCGGUCGGGGGUGCCUUUGGCCUCACCUUCAUCCUGUUCAUCGCCCUCGGUCCCUGCGUUAUCUCGUCGCAGCUCUCUACCUCCCGGGUCCUCUGGGCCUUUGCCCGCGACAGGGCGAUGCCAUUCUCCGACACUUGGGCGCGAGUCAACAAGCGGUUCGGGAUUCCGUUCAACGCUCAGCUCCUGGUCGCGGCCGUUGUUGCUGCUCUCGGCUGCAUCUACCUUGGCAGCAGUACGGCGUUCAAUAGUAUGCUGGGUGCUGCUGUCACCAUCAACAAUGUGGCCUACCUGAUCCCGAUCUCCACGAACAUGCUGACCGGCCGGGCUAAUAUGCAUCGUGGGACAUUUCAUAUGGGCAAAUGGGGCUGGAUUGUCAACAGUGUAACGGUUGGCUGGCUUCUGUUUGCUAUCAUCUUCUUCAGCUUCCCGUAUAACAUGCCAGUGACGGUGGAGAAUAUGAACUACACCUGCGUGGUGGUCGGCGGUAUCCCCAUUCUCAUCUUGGUCUGGUGGUUUAUCGGCAACAGGCAGUACAAGGACAAGAUUGCACGGGCAAAGGAGGAGUAG